GGCCAGUCCACUUCAUGGCGAAUGCAGAUCAGGGCCUUCACCAAGGCCUUGGGGGUGGGCGAGCCCUGUAGGGCCUGUAUGGCCCCUUCCAAGCCAGACAUAGCGUGCUACUGCAACUAGUUUAAUUUUUGAUCUUAUUUUUUUCAUUAAAUCCUCUCACUGUCAGUGGCAUUUAACCUCAACUCCACAAGAAACCGUGACAACGUCGUGAAAUACAAAGUUUGACUGAAGUGAGGUUAAGCAUUUGCUAGGAAAAGGGGCUGAAAACAUGCCUUCGGACGAGGAAAGUGAGCUGCCGCAGCUGUCGGCCAGCGCUUUUGCGGCCCUGCAGGAGUUUUACAAAGAGCAAGAGGAGCGAGAGGCCAUGGAAAUGUCUGCACGUGAUGUUUCCGUCAAAGGGGACUUUAGUGAGGACUGGCAACUCAGCCAGUUUUGGUACGACGAACGCACGAUCAAGGGACUAGUGGAUAUGACACUGGAAGCUGUGGGGACGAACGCAAAAAUCGCCCUUGUUUCCUGCCCGACGCUUUACACGGAGAUGAAACAGCGGGCAGGGCCCGAAGCCGAAGUGACGCUCUUCGAGUUCGAUCGGAGGUUUGCAGUGUUUGGGGGCGACUUUGUCUUUUACGACUAUCGGUCGCCUUUGAACAUCCCCCGAGAUAAAAGCAGCUACUACGACAUAGUAGUGGCCGACCCUCCAUUUCUAUCCGACGAAUGUCUGACGAAAACGGCGGUUACAAUGAAGUUCCUUACAAAAAGGCGCAUAAUAUUAAGCACCGGGGCAAUAAUGGCUGACUUGGCGAGCAGGCUGCUGGACUUGGAGAAGCACAAGUUCGAGCCCCAUCAUCGCAACAAUCUGGCAAACGAGUUUUGGUGUUUUACGAACUUCCACAAAACGAGGGACGUGUCCUAGCAAUAAACGAAUAAGAUUGAAAAA